CUCCUUCAGGCUUCAAGCACUUCCUAAUGAAGAAAAAAAAUAAUGCAACUGAUCAGAAAAGGCUGCAAGCGACGCUGAUAUUGCCAAGUCCCGGAAAGUCACGUUGCUUGAAAUACGUUGGUUUUGGUUCCUCCCCCUGGUAUGCUUUCAUGCAUGAGUCUCAAGCGCCAGUAAAUGAAAAAGGCUUAGUGGUCCAAUCGCCCCCGCUGCCAGCGAUGCGAGGCUGAACAGUCUCAUGCUCUGUGACUCCGAUUCUCACGCGCUCUUCCCUUCCCAAGGCAUAGCAAAUGACUCUCACAAUGCCUCCCAUCUCCUCCCGCCCAACAACUCUUCGCGAUUUCAUCGAUCGUCUACAAUGUCAAGCCCCCGAAACCGCCGAGAAAAAGGCGCUGCAAGCCUGGGGCACAACUGCGGUCGAUUCCUGCCUCACCACGCCUAGCAUAUCGCAGUUCGCAUGGGAGGCUGCCCGUCUCUCAGAAGUGCUGGAAUCCAAUGGACAAGUCAAGCUGCUUCGAAAUUUCGUCAACGCGAUCAUCGACGGCAGCACGGAUGGGACUUCUCUUUCCCCGACCCUUCUACGAUCUUUAGCAUAUAUGAUUCGACAGAGAGAGGAGGAAUGGUCGUCGGGGAGCACAGAUAUUCUGAGGUCGCUCUUCUCGAGCAUGAAAGCGCGGUUGGAGACGGCAGAUGAACUGGGAGGAUUGAACCUAAAAUUUGAACUGGUUUGCGUGCCGUUAAUCGUCCUGCUCGAUGGCCUUGGCCACGAUCACGACCUUCAUAUGGCCCAGGCUGCCACAUACACUGGACAAGCCUUGCGGGGAAUCCAGGAUGAUGAUAACGUCGGCAAAGCAUCCAGACGCGGGCUGCUGCGGGCCAUCGACCUCGCCAUGACCAUUUCCGGCGCGGUCACCUCCGUAGAUCUGAGCAAAAUCUGGGAGGCGGUCAAGUCUGGCAUAGAUGGAGCCUCACGGCUCCGUGACUUCACUUGGGAUGUGUACAAGAAGCGGACGGGGAAGUCUUGGUAUACCGCUCUACGAACGGCCAACAUUCUCAUACGUACCCGGUCCUGGGAUGAACUAAGCGACUUCAUCCGACAGGCAGAAUGUCGAGCCAGCAAGGACUUUCUCUGCGGCUUGUAUGCCCAACUGGACCUCAUCAGCCAGCUUGUCCCUCCAGAUCAGAUACAACGCGUCUACAAGAUCAUUCCAGAAAGCAAAUAUGACCGUGUUCAAGCCUGGAAACUGCACUCUGUUUCUGAGACCGAGAGACAACCCGCUUCCCCUGAGCGUAAUCUAGUCAAUACACUGAAGAGAACGAAAACAUACGAAUGGUCACUCAGAGCCCGCGGAUGGGAGGAUGUCGGACAAGGCCUCUCUGAUGACGGCAGCGCCCUCCUCGAUGAUUCCUAUCGAAGGUGCAUGCCGGCUCGAGAAUAUUACACCAAGAAUGCUUUAUUGGAGUUUUACACCCAGGACGAUAACAAACGACUUCAGAUCCAACGUUUAUCUGGGGACAGACUCCCCUUGGAUUACUGUUACAUCAAUCUCAACGUCAUAGACUCCGGUCAAGGCAAUGAGGUGCCUCUACCUGUUCUGUUCGAUUAUAGGGAUCAAGAUGGCAGGAAGAUCUGGCCCAAGAAGAUUUUCAUCGAAGGCCAGGCAGGCGUUGGCAAAACAACGCUUUGCAAGAAAGUUGUCCAUGACUUCCUGUAUCGGAAUCAGUGGUCCGCUUUCUUCGACUGGGUUCUAUGGCUGCCACUGCGACAUCUCAAGGGAAAACAUGCCGAUUCUUAUUCCAUAAAGGACCUAUUACACCACGAGUACUUCUCCCAACACCAUGAUUCGGAGCUCUUGGCAGACACUUUGGAUUCAAUCGUAGCCCGAAACAGCGCUCGGGUGCUUUGGCUGCUGGAUGGCCUAGAUGAAGUCUCCCAGGAAUGGAAUGCUGAUUCACCUAUGGACCGCUUUUUGCAAACUCUGCUCAAGCAGCCUCAAACGAUCAUCAGUUCUCGUCCAUACUCAAUGAGACAGCUGAGCGCAGUCAAGCAAGACUUGAAGUUGCGAACGGUGGGCUUCAACUCUGAGCAAAUCGAGAAAUACAUACGCGCCAAAGAAAUCCAGCCAGAUCCUGAAACAGCCGAUAAAAUCUGGGAGUUCAUCGACGAGCAUUCGCGAAUUAGGGAUAUUGCACAGAUUCCGAUUCAGCUCGAUGCCCUCUGCUACACUUGGAAAGAGCCUUUGGGCAACAGCAAUGCAGCCAGGACUAUGACGACCAUCUACCAGGCGAUCUGUGUGGAGCUACUACGGAAGGACCUGGGGCGCAGGGAGAAAAGAAUCGACGGCAGGACCCUGACAGAACAACAGACGGAAGAGCUGUCGGAGUUUGAAGUGCUGAUACACAUGCAGGAGGAAGUCAAUCUCCUCGAGGCGCUGGCCUUCCAUGGCCUGCGCAACAAUAUCAUUGAAUUUGAUGCUCCAGUACGGAGUCAAAUAUAUCAACAUCUACUAAAUGACAAUGCUUCUGUCCCGAAACUACAUGACAGCACAAUCAAAGAGAUCAGUUUUCUUCGUUCUUCAGAUGCCAACGACAAUGCCCACCAAAGCUUUCACUUCUUACACCUGACAAUUCAAGAGUUCUUCGCUGCCCAGUAUUUCGCGAAGCACUGGACCAACCAAGCCACGAUACACAGGCCGACACUGAACGGCCGUACGGACACUGAUCUCUUGCCCCAAGUCUUCAUGGCACGGGAGAAAUACAAUGUUCGCUACGAGAUGUUCUGGAGGUUUGUGGCCGGGUUUUUGUAUGUCGGAUACAACAAUAAAAAGCAGAGCGAGGAGCAUACGGCUCAGUUCUUUGAGGCGAUGGAAAACGAACCCCGAGAUCUGUUGGGCCCGAUGCAUAGUAAGCUCAUGAUACGCUUCUGGAGUGAAGUACCUGCGUCAAAUAAUUCCGCCAGAUUGAGAUCCCUACGUCAGAGUCACCAUCAACAGCUCGCCCGGUGGAGCUCUUUUGAGGCCACAACGUAUGGUAAAGGCAGGCUCGCAGCGGAUGCGGAAUACCCGGAUGCAGUCUUAUGUUCUUUGUUUAAAGACCGAAGCUCAGAUUUCAGGCAACAUGUUCUAAGUGCUAUCGCUCAGCGCAGAGUCUCGACAGAUCUCAUAGACUUGGUAGCUUCCUGGAUGGACCAGAACUCCGACGAUGAACUGACUGCAGUCUAUGUUCGAAUACUUCUUAGGAACUGCCAAUCACUGUCCCCUAAGGCUUCUAUAAUUCUUCUUAAGCACUUGCAGAAUGAAUCAAAAGUGAAGAGUUCCGACUUACAAGACGUGCAGGUACCUGCCCUACCACAAGACCUUCUGGGAGCGGUUUUAAAUUUACUGGACCAUGGGACACUCAAUUUGAAGAAAGCAGCACUGUACCUUUUGUCCGGACAGCCACCUUCAGCUUUACAAAUCCAUGUCAAUACCAUCGCUCGUGGACUAUCAGACCCGAAUCUAGUAGUGAAGAAGCUGACUAUUGAGGUACUUCACUGCCUGCGCCUUUCACUUGAUAUCCUCGAAUCUCUGGUCUGUCAUCUUAGCAGAGAUGGGGGUUCUCAUUAUCUCAGAAGCAACCGUGUAAAGAAAAUAUUCUGCCACCUUUCGCUAGGGUCCCCAAGGAUUCUGAGCUUUGUCAUUCGUUUGCUUGACCAUGAAUCCGGUAAUGUGCGUGAUUUAGCUGUCGAGGUUCUGGCCCAGCAUCCUCGCUUGCCACCGAGCCUUGCGGACUCGCUCGAGCAAAAAGUGCAGUUCAAUGAUUGUGAGGCACAAAGUACACGGAACACGGUCUGGCAACAGCUCUUAACAUCUCGAAGUAUUUUGGAGGAUAUUGAACGAAGGUUGAAGCAUAGCGAUCCCGCAGUGCGGGCAAUAGCUGCCCAGAUUCUCGGCGGUCGAUCAGAUUUAUCGAAGCCAACAUUUGAUGCGAUGGCAAGGUUGUUGAACGACACGGAGUGGUCUGUUCGAGAAGCAGCUGCCGCCGCUCUACGUGGUCAACCAGAGCUUCCACAACAUGUGCUAGAUCUGUUGGCGAGCUUGCUGAGGGAUGAUGAAUUUCAUGUCAGAUAUCAGGCAGUCCAAACGUUGACCAAGUACCCAGAUGCUGAAUCAAAGUACCUCAAAGAUUUGGUACUCAGGCUGCAAGAUUCACAUCUAUCCGUGCAAAUGAGAGCAAGGAAGGCCAUCCACAAGUAUCCCGAGAUCCCGCACGAGGUACUGCAUUGCCUUUUUGAGCGAAUGAUAGGACCGGGGAAGUUUCAGAUGUCAAGGUUCAAUGAUGAAUUUCACGGCGCUCUCAUGUUGCGAGUUUUGCCCCGAGUUCUUGUCAACAGACUCCUAGACUUGGCAGAUCUAGAAGAAGAAGAAGAAGGAGGAGGAGGAGGAGGAGGAGGAGGAGGAGGAGGAGGAGGAGGAAUGAAUCUGCAAAUCUUGGAACUUCUCAAAGCACAACCAUUCCUGCCUCUUGAAAGACUCAUCCAACUCAGUGAGAGAUUUGUAACUGCCCAUCAUGUGUUUGCUGGUGCGAUGGUUAAGACUCUAGUAGCUCAAGCCCAACUUCCUUCAAUUGUUCUCACUGCCCUCACGCGUUACCUUGGGCAUGAAUAUUUUUUUGUGGCCCUUGAAGCCAAAGAUUGCCUUUGUCGGCAGUCCUCUCUGCCCUUCGAGGCUCUCGUUCUCAUGGCAGGAAUGCUCUUAACAGUAUCACAUCCAGAGUUCCCGGCAACCGUCCUGGCCAAACAACCUCAUCUACCAUAUGAGAUAUGGAAUCUCACAAUCCCCGCGUUACGCCUUGCAACAGAUGAACGUUACUCUAAGAUUUGCGAUGCGCUAGAACGCCAUGAAGAUUUCUACAGACUGCUUCCCCAGCUGCCCGUGCACGACCUCCAGCAGCUGUGCCGGAACUGGCUGCGGCGGAGCUUCGGCGAACGAGUGAAUUUCUACUUCCGCGACGGAUCCCUCGUGGUUGACACCCCGGAUUUUCAGGGCGCGAUCCCGAUGCCGCUGUAUCAACGGAUCAAGCUGCGGCUGAUCUUCCGGCUCACCGUCGUGGCAUGUACGCGGGCCUCGGAGAUCGAGCGGGUUCAGAGCUGGAUCCGUGGGUCAGCUGCAUGGAUGAGUGGCCACCAAGCACUGGUGCUGGCUCUUGUGGCGGCUUUCCUGGCUGUUAUUCUCAGUUCGUUCCUCGAUUAUCUGUCGAUACACUUCAUGGCGUGCACAUCGCGUUCCCGAGCGCGCGGAGAUGCUCGAAUUUGUAAUAUACACACACGAUUGACCCUCAUGCCAUGCUCUCACAGUCCUACUCCAGGGAAAGCGCUGCGAGCCUUCGUGCCCCUGCAGAACAACCGCGGCUACGGUAUGCGGAUGAUAGUACUCUGGCGGCGUGUUGUCCACCUGGCCACCUAUCCAUACGAAUCGGGCCUGGCAGGAAGGAUCGGUUGAGCAGAUGGCUUGCCAGGAAUUGUUCUCCGAAGUCUAACUAGUGCGCAUUUAAUCAAGUAUAGAUUAAACACCAGACACACACAUAGAAUCCCCU